GCCUUCCAGGGCUGGCUGGGGUGCGGGGUGCUGCUGGUGCACGCGCCUCCCGCCAGCCUGCAGGUGCUGCGCGACGCCUGGUGCCGCCGGGCGCUGCGUCCGCCCCGCGGCUUCCGCAUCAGGGCAGUAGGUGAUGUCUUUCCAGUGCAAAUGAAUCCAAUAGCCCAAGCUCAGUUUAUACCUUUGGCCGAAGUUCUUUGCUGUGCUAUAUCCGAUAUGAAUGCUGCUCAGAUUGUAGUAACACAGGAAUCACUAUUGGAGCAUUUGAUGAAACAUUACCCAGGCAUUGCAAUUCCACCUCAGGAUAUUCUCUAUACCACUUUGGGAACUCUGAUUAAAGAAAGAAAGAUUUAUCACACUGGAGAAGGAUAUUUCAUAGUUACUCCUCAGACUUACUUCAUCACAAAUACAACCCCCAAAGGCAGUAAGAGAGUCCGAGCAGAUGAAAGUCGUGCAGCGCCAACUUGCAUCACGUAUCUGGUGAGCAUGGAGAGCUGUGCAGAGUUAGCCAAAGAAAAUGCUGCCCCUGUUUCCCAUUGUCAGUCUUGCCAGUGUUUCCCUGAUGCGUGCACUCAGGAUCUACAGGAGCCACCAGCUGCUGCAGAAUUGACUAGAAAAGGCCAGAAAGGCCUUGGGGAAUCCAAAUUUUUGAUACAGAAUCGAGCAGCUUCAGUGUCUGAGGAGAAUCACAUCUUGGAGAGCACCAAACCUUCGCCAUGCACAAAAAACAGAGAUAAAGGCAAGAAGUUUGGCUUUAGCCUGUUCUGGCGCAGUAUAUCCAGAAAGGAGAAGACCAGAACAGAGCACAGCAGUUUCUCUGCCCAGUUCCCACCAGAAGAGUGGCCUGUCCGAGAUGAAGAUAACUUGGACAAUAUCCCUCGAGACGUUGAACAUGAGAUAAUCAAACGAAUUAAUCCCAUUCUGACUGUUGACAACUUAAUCAAACAUACCGUCUUAAUGCAAAAAUAUGAAGAAAAGAAAAAUUAUAAUAGCCAGGGCACUUCCACUGAUAUGCUGACAGUCAGGCAUAAAUAUCCUUUAAAAAAGGGAGUUAAGAAAAGGCAUGGUCGUUGUGCAAAGCCUCGAAGGCGGGGACAUUCUCAUAGGGAUAGACACAAAGCCAGGAGUCAGGGAAGUGAGCCUCAGGCAGGAAGCAUUACACUGGAGAAAUACCCCAAGCUCCCUGCUACACAGCCCAUCCCCAGAAUUAAAAAUCCAAAUAAAGCAGUAGUUCAGAAACCACACGAUGAGAACCCAUUAGAGCUAGGUUUGAUUUACAAAAAGCAAAUCAGUAAUCCUUUCCAGGGUUUAUCUCACCGUGGGAACCCAAUUACCAGAGAGCACAAUACCCAGAAGACCAUUGAUCUGAAACCUAGUCAGAUUGGACCAAAGGGAAAGCCUUUCCAAAGGUCAAGGUCUUUGGAUUCCUCACGAAUCUUUGAGAGGGAAGAUGAGCAGCCAUUUGCUGGACAAUGUAAGGAUAAACUGAGGGCAGAAUCCAUUUAUAUGGCUAACUCUACUGUCAAGCCUAUCAGUGACUUUAGAGAUCACCUCUUAAAUUACUCUCAAUAUAGUGUUUCGCAAAAUGAUAGUAAAUGCUGUUCCUUUAGGGAAAGCAUGUUGACAUAUGAUGUGUAUGGUGGAGAAAACGAGGUAAUCCCUGAAGUCUUGAGGAAAAGUUAUUCUCACUUUGACACAUUAGGGGAGGCAAAAGAAACACAGCAUGUCCUGCCAUCACUGGGUUCCUCUUCUGUAGACCAAGCAUCCUCUGCUUAUAGAUUAGUUGACAAAACAAUACACCAGUUUCAAAAUCUUAGUCUUUUGAAUUAUCCAGUUGGUGCAAACCUUUUGAGACAAGACAGAGACUCAGAGGAAACACCCAUGAGAAAGGCUUUUGUCCAGGAAGCGGAGACUUUGAGUCUAGAAAAUGAAGUGCUUUCUGAUGAUGGCCAAACUUUGUAUCAGAAUAAAGUGGAAAAUGAUGAUGGUGCCUGCAGUUCAUUAUAUCUAGAUGAGGAUGACUUUUCUGAGAAUGAUGAUUUAUGUCAGAUGCUGCCUAGCCACAUUCAGUGUUCCUUUAUAGGGAGAAGCGAGUGGAAUCAUUUAGGAAAACAAAAGGUGACUGAAAGAUCUCUGACUGAGUACAACAGCAAAGUACAUAGAUUUGAGCCUCAGGUGCUUAAAGGAAAUGAAGGUUACAAACCCUCUGGGUUCCUCACUAACUUAGGUGAAAGCCAGAAACCUAAUCUCUCUGCUGAAAGCUGUGGCCCCAAUUCAGGAAUCCGGUCUGGUUUGAACUGUGAAGAGGAACCCUGUGUCACUGAAUGUGUGCAGUCCUCGGCAUCUGUAGAUGGAAGUAUAUUUGAUUACUAUAGCACAAGGAAAGCCAAUUCUGAGGCUGAAACCCCACAAGGCUCUUUUGGUGACGCAGGAAAGAAACCAGCCAGCUGGAGUCAGAGUGCUCAGAAUCAGGAAAUGAGAAAACAAUUUACACAAAAGUUAGAACUUUUCAACUCUUCACAUAUGCCAGUGGUGGCUCAGGAUAUCCAACAUGAACACAGUCACUUGGAAGGAACAGAAAAUCAUAGUAUGGCAGGAGAUAGUGGAAUAGAUUCUCCACGGACACAGAGUCUUGCAUCCAAUAAUUCAGUCAUUCUGGAUGAACUAAAAAGAAGACAGAAUUUUCUACAGAAUUUUGAAGGCACAAAGAGCAAUCAAACACUUACAUCUAAUUCCUUACUACAGCUAAAUCCAGUCAUAAAUGUUUAAUUCUUAUAUUUCUUUUGGGAACUUUUGGUAAAAAUGUACAAUAUCAUAUAGGAUGUUUUAAUCAACUGAGUAUAUAAGAAUUCUCUAAAGCCAAACAUGCUAUUAAUCUCAUUACUUAUUUUGUUCUAGUUACUGGCUUUUUUCCUUUUUUGACAUUUUAAAGCUUUUUUAAAGCUUAUUUUACUAUGAAUUUAUUGGGACUAUAUAGAUUGUUUGCAGUAAGAAAAAAAAAAACAUGGAAAUCAUGGUCCUCUUCCAAUUGAAUAUAAUUAGCUUGCAUUUUCAGACAUUACCUUCUCAAAUAUGUAGGAUGUUAAUUUACUACCCAGCAGUGAAUUUCUCUACUCGCAUUAAUACUGAGUUAUUAUAAGUGGAUCUCACUAGAUUUCAACACAAAAAUUCAGAAAAUAGUGUUUUAGGGUUACAUAGAUACUUUGUUUACAACUGAAGUCUUUUACCAUUAUCAGAAAAAAAUAUAUGUCGAUGUGUUGGGUGCUCUGCAACAAGAAUUCCUUCCAUCCAGUCACUGAUGUCAAGGAUCUUCUCUGCAACCAGCUUGAACAUGAAAUAAUGGCUCUACAUUGUCACUGACUGGCAAUGUCUAAAAUACCUGUGACAGUAGGCUCUGGCUCAACUGUUUCUCUGGUGCCUCCCCACAUUUGAAGCUCUCUCUAUAGCAUGGCUGUGAGAAGUCAGGAUGUUCUCAGAUGGCACAGAGAUAAAAGAAGAAUGGCUGGAAAUGGCUUAUCAGUGAAGUAAAGGGAGGUUCUGAAUUAGAGAUCUAGAGAAGAGAAACCAUUUGAUCCAUUUCCAUUCAUGAUAAGACCCUUCAUGGCUUUGCCAGAAUUUUUAUGGUAGGCCUUUUUAGACCAAGUAGUGGAAUAAUCAAGACAGGUUUUAGGUAGAUGCUAAUGCUGACUUAUGGUUGAAGGGAUGUUUCUUCUAAGAGGUUUCUAAGGAUUGUCAAGGCCUUAGAUCUCAAUGAUGAUUGAAUCAUUGGAGAGUGUCUCUUUCCAGCUCUCACUGUUCUGCUGACAGUGACCGCCAGAUGAAGCUCAGCACAGUGGAGAGCUUGCCUCCAGGCCCUGUGGGAGUGCAGAGGAGAGGAGAUCAGAUAAGAUCAGUUCUGACUAUGGUUUUCAUUGGCCUUGACCAACCUAUUAUGGCAUUCCAAAAUGAUUAGCUCUGUUCACAAGGGCAUUCAAAACUGGACAAAGUACCGAAAAGGGUAAUCUGGGGAGAAACACCUUUUGGGGGAGGCAUUGCUUUAGGUGAUCUUAUAGCUUCGAAUUAGCAUCAGCGAAUCAAAGUUACAAGAAAGAUUUCAGUAUGAAGAAUGUUGCAUUAGUCAAACCUAUCUGUAGAUGAAAUAGCUUUGUAAACAAAUGAAUUUCCCAUUAUUUAGGGCAUUCAAGCAGAGGCUUGGUGAUCCCUUGACUACUAUGUUGCAGAGGUAUUUCCAGUACUUAGUUUUAUCAGGAUGGCUGAAAUAUAGACGAUUUUGAAGAUUCCUUCCAAUGGUACUGUUUUGUGCUUAUAAGAUUCAGUGAGUGUUACCUGUCAAAUACAUCUCAAAAAAAAAAAAAAAAAAGAUUCAGUGAGGAUCUUGCAAAAUACUGGAUUGACAUAAGAUUCCUGAGCAUUGCGUCUAGUUCUCUAUUUCUGCACCUAUCCCUGCCAAUCCUUGGAAGGAGGAGCACUAGCAACUCUGUUCUGUCUUCGAAUUUGGACCCGGACAAGUUUCUUAGCAGAAAGGAAUCCAAAGUCUUGUGGCUCUAGCCAUAUCUAGGGACCAAUGAAAGCCAUCUAAUUUUGCUACUGGAUGCAUUAUGACAUUCUCUAAAUGUAUUAAGGUGGAGCCUAUUAUGAAACCAAUAAACUUCCGUUCUAAAUAAAACAUGACUACAGAAAUUAAA